AUGACCGAAGUAAAACAGACCGCCAUCGCCCAACUCCUGGAUCACACCAUCGCCCUCGGCAGCCUUGUCGAGAUUCGCGGUUGGGUGCGAUCACGUCGCACCUCCAAAGGCGGCUUUUCUUUCAUCCAUCUGCACGAUGGCUCCUGUUUCGAUUCGAUACAGGCCGUUGCGGAUGGCGCACUGCCUAAUUACGAAAACGAGAUCGCUGAACUGGUGACAGGCUGUUCAGUCAUUGUCCGCGGCGAACUGGUUGAGUCCCAGGGCAAAGGCCAGGAUCGUGAAAUCCAGGCCAGCGAAGUUGAAGUUGUCGGCUGGGUCGACGACCCGGAAACCUACCCGAUCAGCAAAAAACGUCACAGCUUCGAAUUUUUGCGUGGGGUUGCUCAUCUACGACCUCGCACCAAUACAUUCGGCGCCAUGGCUCGCGUACGGCACGCCAUCGCUCAGGCGGUGCACAGCUAUUUUGACCAACAGGGCUUUUUCUGGGUCAACACCCCCAUCAUUACCGCCAGCGAUUGUGAAGGUGCCGGUGAGCUGUUCCGCGUCUCGACCCUGGAUCAGAUGAAUCUACCCAAAGGCGGUUAUAGCGAAGACUUUUUUGGUACCGAAGCGUUUCUCACCGUGUCAGGACAAUUGAACGUAGAAAGCUAUGCCUGCGCACUGUCGAAAGUCUACACCUUCGGGCCAACCUUUCGUGCUGAGAACUCCAACACCAGCCGCCACCUGGCGGAAUUCUGGAUGAUAGAACCGGAGGUGGCGUUUGCAGAUCUGGCCGCCAAUGCGCAGCUGGCAGAACACUUUCUGAAAGCGGUGAUCAAACAGAUCACGAUGAGGUGCCAGGACGAUAUGGCAUUUUUCGCGCAGCACAUUGAUCAGGGCCUGACCGAGCGACUGCAGCAUGUGAUGGAUAAACCAUUUGAGAUCAUGACCUACACAGAUGCGGUCAAACUGCUGCAGGAAAGCAAGCAGAAAUUUGAGUAUCCGGUGCAAUGGGGCCUUGAUCUGCAGUCGGAACACGAACGGUUCAUUACCGAAACGGUCAUUGGUGGUCCGGUUGUGGUGACCGACUAUCCCAAGGAAAUCAAAGCGUUUUACAUGCGUGUGAAUGACGAUGAAAAAACCGUAGCCGCUAUGGAUGUGCUGGUUCCCGGUGUCGGUGAAAUUAUUGGCGGUAGCCAACGCGAGGAACGUCUUGACGUACUCGACAGCCGCAUGGACGACGAAAAACUUAAGCAGGAGCUGUGGUGGUACCGUGAUCUGAGACGCUACGGCACGGUUCCUCACGCAGGGUUUGGUUUGGGUUUCGAGCGCCUGGUGUUGUACCUGACAGGUAUGGAAAACAUCCGCGAUGCUAUUCCCAACUUAUUUAUGUUUGCAUCCCUCUGGCGAUUGCGCGUCUUCAUCAAACCUUACAGCUUCGGCUGGUUCGCCGGUAUCGUUGCGUUUGGUGUCGCGCGUUUCUUUGAGACGGCGGUUAUUGUUUUGACCGCGGUAGCCAUCAACCGCAUCACGGAAGAAAACUACGAUGUGCUGAUGCCUGUACUGGGCAUCUUCGGCGCCGUUGUUGCACGCUAUAUUGUCGUGACCUACGCUCGUUAUGCGGUGCGCAAAGUUGGCCUGAACGUUGCGUUUGAUCUGCGCCAGCAACUGUAUAGUUCACUGCAGGAUCAGGGUGCAAAAUUUUAUGCUGACCACAGCAUUGGCGACAUGAUGACUCGUGCGGUCGCUGAUAUUUCUCUCGUCUACCGCCUGAUUGCCAUGGGUACCAUCCUUGUGGUGAUCCUUGUGUACGCAACCUUGUUCGGCUAUGGCGCGAUGCUUUAUUACUCUCCCAUGCUGACGCUGCUGCUGCUGCCACCGAUGCCCAUAGUGUUCUGGUACGCACAGAGAUCUUCCAUGCAGAUGGGUAUUGCCUCGCAACAGGUCCAGGAACGCCUUUCUGAUCUGGGUACCCACGUGCAGGAGAACCUCAGCGGCAUCCGCACCAUUCAAGCCAUGGUGCAGGAAGAAAACGAGAUAAAACGAUUUGCGCAGACGAACCAGAACUACGCAGAAGCUUUUUACGAACAGGGUCGGAUCACGUCAGCCAUGGCCGCGUGGAUGCCGACCCUCGCAGCGGUUUGUUCUCUGACAAUCUUGAGUUUCGGCGGUUACCUGGUGCUUGAAGGUAAAAUGCUGGUUGGCGAUUUUGUCGCGUUCAUCAGCCUGGUUGCCAUGGUUGUGCAGCCUUUUCGCGUCGCCGGUUUUAUUGUCAACUUAUUCCAGCGGGCUGCCGUGGCCAGUGAUCGUUUGUUUGAGGUGAUGGACCUUGCACCGGAGAUCACCAAUGCGCCAACUGGAAAUACACCCGCAGUCAUCAGCGGCGACAUCAGGUUUAAUCAUUUAAGUUUCACGUUUCCAGGCAGCACCGAACCGGUAUUGAAAGAUAUCAAUCUGCACAUUAAAAAGGGUGAGACGAUUGCAAUCAUGGGCCGUGUUGGAGCAGGUAAGACUACCCUGCUUAAACAAAUCGUCAGGAUUCUCGAUCCAGCGCCAGGCGCCAUUCUCAUAGAUGGUCACGAUAUCGCCGAUUAUCCUUUAGCCCAGGUGCGCUCGCAGAUUGCCAUGGUGCCUCAGGACCCUUUCCUUUUUGCUGAACCAUUAAAAGACAAUCUGACUUAUGACGAUCCGAAUCGCGCGCUGGAAGAAAUCUGGCAGGCUGCCACGUCCGCUGAUCUGAAAGCCACCAUCGAAGACUUUCCGGAUCGGCUCGACACUUUAGUGGGCGAGCGCGGCGUAACUUUGUCAGGCGGGCAGAAACAGCGCGCGACGCUGGCAAGGGGGUUUAUCCGCAACGCCCCGGUGCUCGUUCUCGACGACUGUUUUUCAGCUGUAGAUACUGAGACUGAAGAACACAUAUUGUCCGAACUGAAGCGAUUGAGACAAACCCAGACCACAUUACUGGUAUCCCACCGUGUCAGUACCGCCCGUCAUGCUGAUCGCAUAGUUGUGCUGGAAGACGGCGGCAUUCGUGAAGUGGGCAGCCAUGAGGAAUUGAUCGAAGCACAGGGUUAUUACGCAGAACUGGAACGCGUGCAGCGUGAAGCUGACAAGAACACUACGGAGCAGCGCGAUCAUGCAAUGUUCGACGCAGACCUGAGUGGCGCUGUCUUAAACAUGCACCUGCUGGGUCGGUUAAUGCACUGGCUCAAACCCUAUAAACUGUCCCUGCUGAUCAGCACCGUGCUGGUACUGAUUACGUCCACUCUGCAGAUCCUCCUGCCGAUCAUCAUUUCCCUGGUUGCCAUCGAUCACAUCUUUCGUAAUGAGUCUGAUGCAGAUACGCCGGAUUUUGGCCUGAUCGAACUGAACACCUAUCUGGUUGACGUCACCGGAUUGCCUGCGCUUGUGAUUGCCUGUUUGAUGUAUGGCGUUAUCCAGAUUCUCUGGGCAUUUACCGGCCAUGCGCAUCGCAUGACUCUGAUCGGCGCCGUGAUCAAAGGCCUGCGCGACCUGCGUUUGGAUCUGUUCAGACACCUGGAAACCCGGCCAUCGUCUUUUUAUGACCGCGUUGCCGUAGGCCGGGUGAUGACCCGGGUCACCAACGAUGUAGAAGCACUGUUUGAAUUAUUGCGCGGCUUAGGCAGCCUGAUCGGAGAGUUUGUCCCGUUUUUUGUGGCCCUGACCGUCAUGCUGGCCAUCAACCCGGAACUCACUGUGAUCCUGCUGUUGGCUUUGCCGAUUUUAGCCGGAGCCACCUACUACUUCCGUCGCAUGACACGACAUCUAUUCAGACAGGUUCGCCAGACGCUGUCCGCGUUGAACCAGAAUCUGCAGGAAAACCUGGCUGGUCUGCAGGUAGUGCAACUCUCCGACCGGGAGGGGUUCAACCUCAAGCGUUAUACCAGGAUCAAUGAGAAGAAUCGCGAUUUCGAAUUGCGCUCGGCACGGGUUGAAACGCUUUAUGGUGCAUUCAACGAUAGCCUUGCACAUAUUGCUAUUGGCGUGAUCAUCUGGUUCGGUGCAAGUCAGGUGUCGACGAUGGAAAUGACGCUGGGGGAAGUUGUACUGUUUACUCAGUUUAUCGGCAUGCUGUUCCAUCCUGUUGUGGUACUGGGAGAACAGACCAACAUUCUGUUCCGUGCCAUGGCCAGUGGUGAGCGGAUUUUUCAGGCUAUCGACUGGGAUGAAAAAAUCCACGAACCGGCUCACCCUGUGACACUUCCAAAGCGCCUUGCAGGUGAGGUGCGUUUCAAUCACGUCAACUUCAGCUACCUUGAUAACAUGCCGAUCCUGAAGGAUGUGACUUUUACUAUCGCACCUGGCGAAAAACUUGCCAUCGUCGGCCCUACCGGAUCAGGCAAAAGUACGUUAAUACGCCUGUUAAGCCGCUUCUACGAUUUUGAUGAUGGGCAGAUCUUUCUGGACGGCGUAGAUCUCAACCAUAUUCACAGCCACGAUUUAAGAAAACGUGUCGGCGUCGUCCUGCAGGACUUCCAUAUCUUUUCCGGCAGCAUCUACGACAACAUUGCGCUCGGCAACCCGGACAUUACCCUCGAACAGGCCACACAAGCGGCAAAGACAGUAAAUGCACACGAUUUCAUUGUCUCACUGCCUGACGGCUAUAACACGGUACUGACCGAGCGCGGCCAGAAUCUGUCACAGGGACAGCGCCAACUUCUGGCGUUCGCGCGCGUGUUAGCAGCGGAUCCGGAAAUACUUGUGCUUGACGAAGCCACAGCGAGUAUCGACACGGAGACGGAAUUGUUAAUCCAGGAUGCUUUGCGACGCUUGACCCAGGACCGCACCAGCAUUCUUAUCGCCCACCGCCUGCAGACGAUUCAGGAAGCGGAUCGCGUCCUGGUAUUACACAACGGUCGCGUCGAAGAGCUUGGCACCCACGAGGAACUGCUGGCGGCGCAGGGGUUAUACAGCACCCUGCACAGCCUGCAGUUUCAGGAACCGGUAGUUGCAGAAGACUCCGCUUAG